AUGAUGUCGACAAGUCUCCACCAAUACGAGCAAUUUCCUCCACCAAUGCAGCAUCAACACCACUACGCUGCGCAGCACAUGGGGCCGUCGCCGCUUGAUACAUUGGCUCAUACCUCGCAGUACGCGCUGCACUUCCAUCAAAACCGUCAUGUCCUGCCUCCAGGCAAGGGCCUCGUCAAGCCGCACCGCCUACCCUACGCCAACGGGCCUCUUGCUGCAGCGCCGCGCAGCCAGCGUGAUGCGAUGCUGCACGAGCGCGCAGGACGAGGUGCUGCCGCUGCAGGGCCAUGUGCCCAUUGUAUAGAGUUCGGUCUGACAUGCGAGUACAUGCGCGAGCGCAAAAAGCGCGGCAAGGCAUCUCGAAAGGACCUCGCUGCAGCUGCCGCCGCCGCCGCCGCAAAUGGCACGGCGCCGCCCUCUGGCGAGUCUACAUCGGGGAGCCCUCAGUCGCGCGGUGCCGGUCAUCCUGACGACCAGAAGGAGUCCUCCCCAGCUGCGGAGCUACCCGACGGCCAGCGACCUCUGCCUGACCUGCCUCCGCCAAACCUGCCACAACCCGGCAGGUCUGCCAGCAUCGCCACCACUCGUGACAUGGAAAGCGCCCAAAUGUUCCCCGGCGUCAACCCGGUAUCACGGACCAUGAGCAUGAGCGCCAUCGACUCCAUCCCAGAGAACCAGAUGGGCGAGAGCAUGCACCACCCCAUGCAGCCACCACGGAUCCAGACCCAGGGCUUGCCAAUGCACAGUCAUUCAAUCCCCGAGUACACCACCAUGGACGACUUCAAUCGUGCCUACCAGCAACCUCACCAGAUGAUGCAUCCCAUCAUUCCCUCCAACAUGCCCGAAUAUGCACAGAGCCCUUACGAGAUGAUGAGUCCACAAAGCGCCCAAGGGCCUUCGAACUCGUUCAGAAUGCCUCACGCAGAAUCACCGUUGCCAGGCUACAUCACAACCUCCCCUACAUCCGGCUCGCCAGGGUGGCUAUCACUGCCGUCCCCGUCUGCAACAAUCUACCCGAACGCACAUCCAUCGAGUUCCCAGCAACUACGAUACCCGGUCCUUGCGCCCCUGGUGCCCCAUUUGACGAAUAUUAUGCCCGUAUCUCUGGCUUGUGAUUUGCUGGAGCUCUACUUUCAGAGCUCUAGCACUGCCUUCAUGCAGCCCACAAGCCCCUACGUGCUUUGUUACGUGUUCCGGAAAGAGUCGUUCUUGCGGCACAAUACUCCACGCGUGUGUAGCCCAGCGCUACUAGCUAGCAUGCUCUGGAUCGGAUGUCUGACAAGCGAGUCUCCGUACCUGGCUUCGUCACCAUCCGCACGAAGCCAAUUGUCAGAGAGGCUCAUCAACUUGACCAUAUCCCUCUUGAAGCCCCUGGUGCACCAAUCACAAGGCGAAGAUGCGAGCCCCACAUUCAGCUCCGGUGCAACAAUGAACAAUUUUGGCAUUUCAACACAGGACCCGGAAAUAGCAUUACCUGGCGAAGGCAUGUGGCAGAGAAGCUAUGCAGCUAGCUCCGCGGGCGCUCCAGGUGGCAUUGAUGAUGUCUGUACGUACGCUAAUCUCGCAGUCGUCAUAAGCGCCAGUGAGUACAAGGCCGCAUCGCUGCGAUGGUGGAAUGCGGCCUGGAGUUUGGCCAGGGAGUUGAAACUCAGCAAGGAGGUGCCGUUGACCCCACCGCCCGAGGAAAACCCACAAGGCCGAUCCGACCUUGACUCAGAGCGUGUUGGUGGCCCUACGCCUGGUCAGAACGCUUCGAUCAAUCUCACCGAGGAGCAACGAGAAGAGCGACGUCGCGUUUGGUGGAUGCUUUACACGGUUGAUCGGCACCUGGCACUAUGCUACAACAGGCCAUUAUCGCUGCUCGAUAUCGAGUGCAGCGAACUGCAGACACCUGUGUCUGAUGAUGUAUGGCAAUCACCGGCUCUCUUUGGAAACCCCGCUCAAUCAUUCUCAGAUCCUACCGUUCGAAGAAGCACAGGACCCAUAUAUGAGUGCACUGGGACAUCCACAUUUGGAUUCUUUCUCCCUCUAAUGAGUAUUUUGGGCGAAAUCGUUGAAGUCCAUCAUGCAAGAAACCAUCCCCGAUUCGGCUCAAAGACAAAUUGGGACGAUCACGCGGCGGAGAUCACCCGGCAGCUAGAGGUGUAUGGCCAUUCGCUUCGAGAGUUGAAGACAAGAGCUAUCGCAGAGGCAAACGCCGAAGUCCAGGAGCCGAUCCACCCAGGUACUCCGUCCGCUCGAUCAGUGAAUUCUACAACCUCUAGAGCCCAAGAGUCGCUCAUGCGCGCGAGAAUCGUAGUAGCCUACGGCACGCACAUCAUGCAUACCCUCCACAUACUACUCAACGGCAAAUGGGAUCCUAUCUCAUUGCUCGACGACAAUGAUCUCUGGAUAUCAUCCCAGAGCUUCAUCGACGCUACCGGACAUGCGGUCGCAGCUGCUGAAGCACUCAACGAAAUUCUGGAACUCGAUCCUGAUCUCAGCUUCAUGCCUUUCUUCUUCGGAAUCUACCUCCUGCAGGGUAGCUUCCUGCUGCUGCUCAUAGCCGACAAGCUGCAAGGCGAAGCCAAUCCGAACGUCGUCAAGGCUUGUGAGACGAUCGUCCGAGCGCAUGAAGCGUGUAUCGUAACCCUCAAUACCGAAUACCAGAGAAAUUUCCGCAAGGUGAUGCGCUCGGCUUUACAACAGGUGCGUGGGCGCGGCAUGGACGAAAAUGCCGAGUUCGCGCAGCUAAGGAGACGCGAGAUGCUCAGCCUGUACCGCUGGAGCGGCGAUGGAACUGGUCUCGCGCUCUAGGUCUUCCAGAAGACACACCGCCUCAUGCUCUCGAGUUCGGAGCUCGAAGCACCCCUUUAGAUUGCGGCACACAUA